AUGCUUAUUAAUGCGCAACUGGACCGCCUUGGAAACUUGCUUCGAAAUACCAAGACUUCCCUUCACACUAAAGGUGUCGAGUCUGUUCGAUCCCCAGUUGCAAACCUCGCCUCGUCCUCUUCGACAAUCACACACGAUCUCUUUAUCGAGUGCGUUACCCGGGCGUUCCGGGAGAAAUAUUACCCCGAUGAUUAUUGGGAUGACCAAGUUGUGCAAGUUGACUCGAAGUCCGGGAAUGAAUUCGUAGUUAAAGGCGCCGAAGAGUUGCGUAGUUGGGAGUGGCGAUUCGGUCAAACUCCAGAAUUUACACAUGACAUGCACACAUCGUUUUCUUGGGGUGACGUUAACGUCCAUCUAACAUCCAAACGAGGUCUUAUCACACGUUGUCAAAUCAAAGGUUUAGCCAUCCCGGAUACAUCGCUAGUCGGUUUACGCUAUGGAACGCUCGAAACCGCUGAAGAGAUUCUCCUAAAAUCAUAUACUGGUUCUCCAAGUUACAUAGAUCAAUUCCUCACAUGGCUCCGUCGUGAGAUGUAG